AUGGACAGCGAGAAGGUCCGCCUCGACGCCAACGGCAUGCUCAGAGACAAGCUCCCCCUCCGGCACAGCCUCCGCGUGCCCUUGAUAGCGACCUUCAGAGCGCGGGGCCAGGUGUGGGGCGUGACGCCGAGCGCGCUGCUGACCGCUGGAGCCGCGACCAGCGUCGGCGGCCUGAGGAGGAGCUACAAGAUCGGAGGCCUGCCGCAGUGGAACGCGGAGUGGAGGCGGAGCUUCCCCGAGGGCCUCGGCGUCUCGUUGGAGCAUUGGGCGAAGCUGCUCAUCCGCCUGGCCGAGGACGGGAGCGUCCUCGCGAGUUCGGGGUCGAUCGCUUACUCGCUGGAGGUGGGCGUCUACGGCGCGCCGCCACCCGAGGACGCCACGGUCCAGAACGCCCUCGGCAAGCGCGUGCUGCGCGCGUACGACCUGCGGUCGCACGGGCCUGUGGGUCUGCUGGCCGGCGGCGUGGUGGACUACCUGCAGGAAGAGGGGCUGUCAGACGUCGGGGUCUCGUCCAGGGUCUACGCGUGCCAGCUCCUGCUCUUCGUGGCAACGGAGAUGCUGAAGCCGUGCAAGUGGCCCGUCGACUCGGAGGUACCCGAGGCGCCUUGGCAAGACUGCGCGACGGACUUCUCCGAGGUGUGGCCGCAGGUUCUUCCCUCGGGGGGCGGCAUUCCAGCGCCUGGCACGCCGAACUUCCUGACUGAGAUGUGCACCAGCCUGGAUGAGGCGACGGACAUACUCCAGAUUGUGGGCAAGGUUCUGGAAUUCGUCGACGCGAAGCUGAACGGCGACAGGAAGUGUGACGACCACGGGUUUCGCGCGCCGGAGCACUGCAAGGCCACGUUCUCCUACGACGGCCGGGAGCUGAGCGGCUGUGUCAGGGAGAAGUUCGAGUUCCCGGACAUCUCGAAGAAGCCCCGUGGUGCUCCUGGAGGGGCACGCUCGAGAGGGGGGCGGACUGGGACGGCCCGUGGAGCUUCUGCACAAGGUGCCCAGGGCUGGCCACCCUCUGAGGCGUGGCCAAGGCGCUCUGCUCUGGGCGCCCCCCUCCAGAGGAUAGGAAAGCCCCCGCUUUGGGGGUAUGGCUUCCAUCCUGGAUCGGGGGGAGAGGAGCUCCAGAGAAGAGGUCGGACCUCCGAAAAUUGA